ACUGCAUUCAAGGGUCAGGCAAGGUAAGUAUCCCGUCGCUGCGUCAACUGCCAUCGCCAAUCACCCAUCAUCUACUCGGUAGUAGCCGGGAGCCUAUCACGAGCCUCAUCCUCAUCAAACUGCAUCGACACGGGACGCCUGCCAAUCCGGCAGGCACCCCACGGGCCUCCCUCUGCUGCAGCGCGCGCGGCACAUGUAACACUGGAAGAGAAAGACACGGAGCCGGGGAUUGAGUCUGCCACGAACCUCCGGCCCCGGUCGCUGCGACUACGACACACCAGGGUAGCUUCGGCCGUGGUCCCUCUUUUCAGACCUCACCCGCCGAGCCCCUCGAACUCUAGGCAUUGACGGUCGAAAACGGCCCCUCUCACCCCCUUGCGACGUCGUGCCACCGUUACGAAGGAAUCAGCCCGUCUGUGCUCUCCUCUGCACGAGUUUGACGGUCACUGUGCGCGUGCCUUCGCGGGGCUCUCCGACACGUACCCAAGCACGCGACGCAACGCGAGGCAAAGAGCCAUGGCCUCAUCGCUGCCGACCCUGCCGCGGGUCACCUUUACCAUUAUCGAGCCCAUUUCGCUCGUCGCGGGAUUCCUCGGCGCCGUCACCGAUCCCGCGUGGUUCGUUGCGGAGCAGGUGCCGCAAAAAGUCCCGGACCCCGUCACCGAGAACAGCAUCGUCCUAGCCUGGCAGCUGGGGAACCUGUACCUGCUGCUGGGGCUUGUCGGCCUCGCCAUCCUGACCUCGACGUCCGAGGUCAGGGUCGUGCGCCGCUACCUCGCUGCCUUGUGGGUUGGCGACGUCGGACACAUCGCCUUCAGCUGCUACGGCCUGGGCAGGGACCGCAUGAUGAAUCCUGCGGGGUGGAACGCCAUGGCUUGGGGCAACAUUGCCAUGACGCUCUUCCUGCUCACUAUGCGCUCUGCAUACUUUCUUGGCGCCUUCGGGCCCGACAACAUCAAGGCGACGGUGGCUCGUGCAAAGAAGGCAGCCUGAGAGCGGCCGAGAUGAAAUGUGCGGCAGGCAAGGCUCCCCCGAGCCGCACCGCGCCGCACGGAAUCUGUGCGCACCGACAUGCCUAGCGCUAUCUCAGGGACGGCAGAGAUAUAGCAGACGUAGGUAGAUAUAGUACGAAGUAUACCAAUCCCAGAGCCUUUCCGGAC